ACGAUAAACCGAUACGACCGGAUAUCCGGUUUUACAGGUGAGAGAUACAGCUGUAUCGAUUGUAAAGUUACUAUUCGACAGUAAUUUGCCAUUAAAUAUUCAACGAACCGAUAGUAGAGCUAUAAUUCGGCUAUCGCGAGCACAAGAAUCGGCUUCUAAUGCCUAAUUCAAUGCAUUGCUUAAUGGAAUGAUAAUUUAGCUUUUACUUCACUUGCUGCGCUUGUGUCAUUCACCACACAGCGCGCUUAGAUUGAGACAGCACGCAUGCUAUAAUAUGGACAAGCACAACUCACGGUAUGGUUGCCUCUACUUCCCAUGCAUUUCGGCAGAACCGCUACUAGUCGCCGUCAUUGCCCGAUUGUCACGGGCGUGUCACAACGCGAGAGCUAAUAAAACCACUGUAACGCACGCUCCAUAGCUUUUUCUUCACAGCCCAAAACGAAAACGAAACCGGUAGUGGCAACGAAGCAACAUGCUAAAACAAUGGGCAGUUUGAGCACCGACGCCAGCGACGUGCAGCGAUUGAUUUUCAACGCACCCAGGAAAUACAAAAGUCGGACUUUGAAGUGAGGAAGGCAGCCAGAUCUGUUCGCAUGAGACAGAGCUAGUGUGAAGUGAGGAGCGGUACAGGGAUCGUGAGUUUUUAACCCUGGAAAAAUAACCCACUACAAUGGUGGAAAGGGCAGCACGCUCCUUUGGAGAUUUUUUUCCCACGAAACGCAGUCUACUUAAACUAAUCCCCAUGUUAAUGUUUAUCUUCCUCAAGAAAAAAUCUGCCCUUCAAAAAAGAUAUGGACAGUGAUGAGGAAUAAAAAAAAUGUGGAAGCACAGGCAUAAGUGAAAGACUGCUGUGUAUAAGAAUAGAAGAGAGGGACGAAAACUACAACGGCACAGAAGACCUACCUCCAGCGAACCUGACAUUUGUCAACCCACCAAGACCUAGUUUUACAGUGAAGUUCAACUCGGAGUGACAAGUGGAGUACUUUUAAAGAAGAACGCUAAGUCGAUUGGAGAAAUAUCUUUUUCAUCAAUGAGUGGAGAGGUGCCAGCUGAUAUGGCGCAGGACUCGAGAUUCACGUGGCUUGACGAACGCAGGCUGUUUCUUGUCGGAAAUACAGGAGCGGGCAAGAGUGCAUCUGGAAACACCAUCCUGGGCAGGGAAUGCUUUGUGUCAAAGCACAGUUUCAGCUCAGUGACCAAGGAAUUGGCUUCUGGAAAAGCUGACCUUGCAGAGGAUCAUGGCCAGAAGAGAAAGGUGAAGGUGGUAGAUAUGCCAGGUUUUGGCAACACUCACCUCACUGAGGAUCAGAUUUAUGAAGAAAUAGCCAAAAGUAAGGAUUCAUUAAAUAUUGAACCCCAUGCUUUCCUCUUGGUUGUACCGUUUGGGCGUUUUACAGAAAAUGAAGAGCAGGCUGCCAUCCAUCUGGCCAAACUUUUUGGACGUAAUGCCGUUAAAUAUUACACAAUUGUUCUUUUUACCGGAGAUCAUCUUGAGGGUACUAAUUUUGAAGAACAACUGAAUAGGGCUCCUCCUGCGCUUAGGAAACUUAUUGAACAGUGUGGGGGCAGGUACCAUGUGUUCAACAAUAAAAAUUCCAGUGACAGGACACAGGUUAAAAAACUCAUGUCAAAGGUGGACCACAUGCUCAAAAUGGUUGGAGGUAGGGUUUACACCAAUUUAAUGUUUCGAAUGGCCCAGAGAGCUUUCAUGGCUAAGAAAAAGCCUACCCCGCUGCUGUUUCCUCUCUCAUCUAUUCUACUAGUGGUGCUGUAGCGACAGCAGUUGGAGGUACGGCGAUUUUGCACGGAUCUGCAGUAACCGGAGCAUUAGCAGUAGCUGCAGGGAUAGGUUUGACAACCACUGGUUCAGUAUUAGGUAUAGCUGCCGCGGCUACGGUGUUAAAAGUGCUACAGAAAAGCCCGAAGUUGCAACAAAAAAGAGAACAAGGGCAGAAAAAAAGCGAAUAAAUUAUGAUUUAAUGUUAUGAGAAUUAAAUCAAUAUGCAGUAUUGUAAUAAUACAAAAUUAAAAUUGUAAUAUGAGAUUAAAGUCUUGUUGCUUAUUUUUACAUUACGAGAAACGGAAGUUGUUUGGUUUCAUGGGCUUCAACUUUGGUGACGUAAGAUUUACGUGAAAACAGAACUGAUUUGGGCAUCAUUUUAGGAGGUUGAAGCAAAAUCGGGAGAAAAAAGUACGAGGUUAAAGUCGUUAUAUUACUUAAUUUCACGUUUAUGUGAACUGGAAGUUGUUUGGGGUCCAAGGAUUUCAACUUUUGAACAGUGAAGGGCCUGUUUUAGUUUCAUUAAUCCAACUUUAGUUAUUUUUUUCUAUUAAUCACUCUUCUCUUAGCCAUUUUAUGGCUAUAUUAUUGAACAGUGUUUUGUAAUAUGAUAUAUGCUAUAAUACAAUAUAUUUUCAUAUACGAAUUGUCUCUUUUUGUAAUUGUAUAUUGUAUAUUGGCAAAUGUUAAACAAAUUCUUUAAAUUUCAAAACA